AUGUGCCUCCCGUUUGUCCUUGACCAGUUCAAAAAGCACAAGACGCGCUGUGUUGAUAGACCCUUUAUACUGGGCCUUAAUGGAGUUCAGGGAGCUGGCAAGACAACCCUCGUAACCCGUCUCGCCACGGCUCUAGCCGAGGAGCAUGGGUUGGAAACCUUGGCCGUCAGUGUGGAUGAUUUCUAUUUGACGCGCCAUGGCCAGCUCGAACUCAUGAAAGAAAAUCCCGGCAACAUGCUGCUUCAAGUUCGAGGGCAGCCAGGUAUGAACAACGGCAUAAUCAAGCAAGCUCUCUUGACUGAUAUUGAGGGCCGCUUAGGAACUCACGACAUUCCUCUCAUGCGCAGCUUCUUUCAAAGUAUUUGCCAGAAUCUCCCAACGAAGGUGCCGCGGUACAACAAGGCCGCUCAUGGGGGAGCAGGAGACCGUGAGCCAGAGUCGACGUGGGGGUCAGUCAACGGGCCCGAACAGCCAAGGCUACAGAUCGUCAUCUUGGAGGGAUGGUGCGUGGGCUUUGAGCCCUUAUCCGAGUCGGCACUCUACGAGAGGUAUCUCCAGCCGAGCCGAGCAUUGAAACAUCACAGGCUGGAGCACGUUUCAUUCAUCAACGCCCAGCUCAAACACUAUAGCGCAAUCACGGAGCUGUUUGACGCCCUUGUUCACCUCGACGCCGAGCGUACUGAGUGGGUUUACGACUGGAGGCUUGAACAGGAGAUUGAACUACGGCAACGUGCGGGAUCAGCCAUGUCGGACGAGCAGGUCAAGGUCUUCAUUGAUGCGUACUAUCCUGCGUACGAACUCUAUAUAGAUCCUCUUCGGCAAGGGGUGCUAAAGGAACGUGGGCGUCAGAUGAGGGUUGUCGUUGGGAGAGACCGUAGACCGGUACGUGUUGAGUUUCUUUAA